CUUCUAAACUCAUGGAGUUGUGGGUAAUGACAUAUGUUUUCUACCACGUCCUGCAGUGAGCCAGGUUUUCAACAGCCCUGGACACCGCUCUUCCCAGGGACUGGAAGACGCUAGCAUCAGGUCCAGAAAUGCCCUUGGUGUGUUUGACAGACUUCCAGGCUUAUGCCCAGGAGCAUCUGUCUAAGUCAACUUGGGAUUUUAUUGAAGGAGGAGCUGAUGAAUGCUUCACCCGGGAUGAUAACAUCGCAGCAUUUAAAAAAAUCCGCCUCCGUCCCCGGUAUCUGAGAGAUGUGCGAGAGGUGGACACCCGGACCACAAUCCAAGGGGAAGAGAUCACGGUCCCCAUUUGCAUUGCGCCCACGGGUUUCCACUGCCUUGUCUGGCCAGAUGGAGAAAUGAGCACAGCCAGAGCUGCCCAAGCAGCCGGGAUCUGCUACAUCACCAGCACCUAUGCCAGCUGUACCCUCGAAGACAUUGUUGCUACUGCCCCCAGGGGCCUCAAGUGGUUCCAACUCUAUGUGCAGUCAGACCGACAGCUCAACAAACAGGUGGUCCAGAAGGCUGAAUCCCUGGGUUUCAAAGCUCUGGUCAUCACUGUGGAUACACCCAAAAUUGGCAACCGGCGAUGUGACUUUCGAAACAAACUGGACUUACAGAUGAACUUGUUGCUGAAAGACCUUCGCUCGCCUAAAGAGAGAAAUUCAAUGCCUUAUUUCCAGAUGUGCCCCAUUGACUCAUCCUUCUGCUGGAAUGAUCUCUCCUGGCUUCAGAGCAUAACUCGAUUGCCCAUCAUCCUUAAAGGGAUCUUGACAAAAGAGGAUGCAGAGUUAGCCGUGAAACACAAUGUCCAUGGCAUCAUUGUUUCCAACCACGGUGGGAGGCAACUUGAUGACGUUCCCGCUUCUAUUGAUGCCUUGACAGAAGUGGUGGCUGCUGUGAAAGGGAAAAUGGAAGUGUACCUUGAUGGUGGGAUCCGAACUGGCAACGAUGUGCUCAAGGCUCUGGCCCUCGGGGCUAAAUGUGUGUUUCUGGGGAGACCAAUCCUGUGGGGUCUUGCCUAUAAGGGUGAACAUGGCGUUGAGGAAGUUUUGAACCUUAUAAAAAAUGAAUUCCACACUUCCAUGACCCUCACAGGUUGCCGGUCAGUUGCUGAGAUCCAUCAGGACCUGGUCCAGUUCUCCAGGUUGUAAAGAAAAAGAGCUAGUGACCAGACUACUGAGGUUGCCACAGAGGGAAGACAAACUUAUAGCAUGGUGUGUGAUGCCUUCCUGCCUUGACCCCAUCCUAUCCAGAGGCUCAUCCCCUGCAUCUUCGAUCAUUCUACUCCUUGUGCUUCAGGCCCUCCAAUCCCCCCCUCUUCCUCAAAUGUGACAUGCUCUUUUUUGCCUCACUGCCUGUUAUAUGCUCUUGCUUAAAAUCCUCCUUUGAAAGAAAAAAUGUUAAAAACGUGAAUCAACAAUGACUGAAAUAGCUAGUGGAUUAAUUUUUUUGCAUAUCCUAUGUACCUCUAUGAACCAACUUUGGGAAUUUACACUCUGCACAGAAGAGCUAUAUGUAUAAAAUAUUCUCCCACCAAAAUAAUACUCCUCUGUAGAUAACAGGGAAAUAAUAUAGUUAAAAACAUGGACUUUGGAGUCGUAUACAUAUCUCUAUGAAAUAACUAUGGGAAUUUGUACUCUCAACAGAAGAGCUAUCCAUAUAAGAUAUUCCUCAACAAAAAUCAUACUCUAGAGCUAUCAAACAGGGCAAGACAGACCAACCAGAUGAAGGAAGGAAAGUAAAUCAAGUGUACUACAUGAGACCCAGAAACCAAUCUGAUGAGAGUCAAGUAAGUACAGGAACGCUUAGAAGAGUGGUAGAUACUUUACAGAAUCGUGGUCUUUGAAAAGAGGCUUAGGACACUGAUUUAGACGUCAUUAAUGGGUCGAUAAAAGGAAAAGGGUAACUGACUGGGAUCCUUGUGUUAGACCCAAACUUUUUAUUCAGUACAAAGUUCAAAUUGGUUCCUGCACUGAUGUGUUGAUGGUCAGUUUGAGGCCAAGGAGGGGCCUUAACUUGGCAGCAAGGAUGGGGUGCUUGUGCUGAAAAUUGAGGGACACAGUAAGGAAGUGCCAUGUCUGGGGGCAACUGCCUAGCUAAUACAGCAGUCACAGUUGCACUAUGGGACAGGAGGCCUACAUGACCACGGGUCUGGAGAUGACCCUCAUCACACUGAUCGGAGUGGCAAUGUGUGCCUUGAAAAAGAUGGAAGUUUCACAAGACCAAAAAGGGAUACCGGGCAGGUAUGAUCCUGGUAUAGCUUAACUCAUUUACUAUUACUAUUGGUCUUGGGAAACUUUUUUACUUUAGUUCACAGACCCAAGGCCAGAGACAUGAAAGAACAGAGGAGCAAACAAAAGCCUAAAAUAUUUGUGUUCAUGACUUAUGAUGCUACAGGAUCUUCUGACCUAAUGUCUUUCUGUGUAGUGCCCCUCCAAGAGAAGUAGCAAAAAGAAAGUUUUGGCACAAGAGAUUUGGAGACUGGAAACAAAUUAAAAUAGACCAUACUAGUCCUUCGCCAGCAAAUGAGAGCGAUCUUUAUUUCAAUCAUAUUAUAUAAUCCUACUGGAUAGAUGUAGGCUUUUUCAAUAAAGUACCAAAGAGCUAAAC